UGAGAAUAUCCCAUACUGCAAACACAAUGAAAGCUGCUAUCCUCUUGGCCUUGUUCGUUGGCGUGGUCGUCGCCUAUCCAGGUAGACACGGCGGUGGAUACGGUGGUGGUUUCGGUGGCGGAAUGUACGGACUCGGAGGCUCUUAUGGCGGUGGAUUCGAUGGUGGUCUAGGUGGCGGACUUUACGGAGGCUCUUAUGGCGGUGGAUUCGGUGGUGGUCUCGGUGGCGGACAUUACGGAGGCGCUUAUGGCGGUGGAUUCGGUGGUGGUCUAGGUGGCGGACAUUACGGUCUCGGAGGCUCUUACGGCUCUUAUGGCGGUGGAUACGGAAUUGGUGGUCUAGGUGGCGGAUAUGGCAGACACUAUGGUGGAGGUUAUGGUGGAGGCUAUGGUGGAGGCUAUGGUGGAGGCUAUGGCCAUGGGCACGGAGGACACUACUAAACCGCAUGGCUACUAAACGUCGUCAGUUUGAAAACCGAAGACACCAAAUGAUUCUACUUCGUUGCAGUUAACACUGUUAAAAGAAUCAAAUAAAUAUAUUGAAUCCCA